UAUUACUUCAAAUUCUGAUUCAUCAUCAUAUCAUAUCAUGACUAUUACAACCACUGUCCCCGGCACCGUUUGCGUCACCGGAGCCUCCGGCUUCAUUGGCUCAUGGCUCGUCAUGAGACUACUCGAGCGAGGCUACACCGUUCGCGCCACCGUCCGAGACCCAGAGAAUCUGAAGAAAGUGAAUCAUUUGUUGGAAUUGCCAAAGGCCGAGACCCAUUUGACACUUUGGAAGGCUGACCUCGCUGAAGACGCCAGCUUUGAUGAGGCCAUUCAAGGCUGCUCUGGUGUUUUCCAUGUCGCCACUCCCAUGGAUUUUGAAUCCAAAGAUCCCGAGAACGAGGUUAUUAAGCCAACAAUCGACGGAGUUCUGAGCAUCAUAAGAUCAUGCGCGAAAGCAAAGACAGUGAAGAGACUCGUCUUCACAUCGUCGGCUGGAACUGUGAACGUCCAAGAGAAACAGCAGCCCGUGUACGACGAAAGCAACUGGAGCGAUCUCGACUUCAUUAGAGAGAAAAAGAUGACUGCAUGGAUGUACUUUGUGUCCAAGACAUUGGCGGAGAAAGCAGCUUGGGAGGCUGCUAAAGAAAACAACAUCGAUUUCAUCAGCAUCAUUCCGACGCUCGUGGUUGGUCCAUUUAUCAUGCCAUCAUUCCCACCAAGCCUCAUCACUGCUCUUUCUCCCAUCACGGGGAAUACGCCUCAUUACUCCAUCAUUAAGCAAGGACAGUAUGUCCAUCUUGACGAUCUAUGUGAAUCUCAUAUAUUCUUAUAUGAGCACCCUCAAGCCGAGGGAAGAUUCAUUUGCUCUUCCCAUGAUGCCACCAUCUAUGAAUUGGCCAAACUAAUGAACGAAAAAUGGCCAGAGUACAAUGUCCCCCAAAAAUUUGAUGGGAUUGAUGAGAACAGCUUAACAACAGUGUCUUUCUCCUCAAAGAAGCUGACAGGGUUGGAUUUCAAGUUCAAGUAUACCUUGGAGGAUAUGUUCAAGGGAGCCAUUGAUACCUGCAGGGAGAAAGGACUGCUACCUCAUCAUUCCAUUGAAAACCACCACCAGCCUGAAGCCAAUGGAAAAGAAGAAAACCCCAUCACCUCCAAAUAAAAAUUGAUCCAUUGACCAUGUACCAAUUUCAAUUUAUGUCAAGUUCUACGUGUGUUUGUUUAUCUCUAUGUAAGAUGAUGUAUGCCCCUAUCUAUCCAUCUAUGUAGUAACAGAAUCACCAAUAUUAGUGAGAAGAUUUGCAUCUAUUCAAAA